GUGACAUUGUAACCUUGACGAUUUGCAAGGGUAGAACGAUACAGAAUGGAAUGUCUUGUUGAUUGUGUGAAAUACUCGUUGUGAUCAAAAGUGUGAAAUGUGAAUAAUACGCGGUGAGUUUUGUACGCUAGUUUGAAUGUAUGUGGUGAAGUGUGUGCGUUGAUUCCAGUAUAGGCGGCGAAAAGUGUGUGUGACAAAUUAAGUGUACUGUAUAUGUUGCUGGGUUGAUGGUUCAAUCGCCAUAUCUAUUCACUUAAUAAAAAACGUUAAUAAAAAUCUCAGACAGCAGAAAGAAGCGAAUCUAUUAUAAAAAAGUGGAAAUGAUAAAACAAAGCCAAAAAACACGAUAACAGACUAAAUCACUCCAAACACAAACUCAACUCUCGACACGAAAAACAAAACUAAACCACCGUGCGCGCACUACUCUACAUCACACCAAAAACGUACCAUCAUAUCACAAUUCAGUCAUCGCCAAAAUCGCUAAUAUAAGAUCCAAGAAACAAAGGUACAUGAGCACAACUAUGCCAAGGUCGACUGUAUGCAAAACAUCGCUCGUCAAAUCAACACAUUACAUCACAGUAUAACAGAGCAUUUUCGUGCGUGUAGUUUUAUUCCGUUUGCUUCUUCUCGUUGUAUUUUCCGCAGUUGUUCUCAUUGUCAUUAUUGUUAAGAUAUAAGCCACGUUGUGUGCUGAAUAUUUGUGGUAUGUUACAGAUUUAUGAUUUCCAGUUGUGUGAUCUAUGUUAUAUGAAUGUGUGGUGUGGUGCAUGCCAAUACGGUAUGUUAUAUAACUACUUAGUUCCAUGGUGCAGUUUAUAAGUUUGUUGCUAUUUUCACUUUGCAGAAAUGUCUGGGGCAAAGAAAAGAAAGUAUUCAGAUGAAUAUAUCAAGUAUGGCUUCACUGUUAUAGAGAGGAAUGGAUUUCAUCUCCCUCAGUGUGUCAUAUGCCAUACAGUCCUCAGCAAUGACGCCUUAAGACCUGGUCGUCUGGAGCGACAUUUGAGCACAAACCACAAAGCAUUAAAAGAAAAGCCAAAGGAGUUCUUCACAGCCAAACUGCAUGAGCUGAAUCGUAUGAAGCUGGACUCAAGCAGUGUUUUUCAUCAAGAAACGUGGAAACUGGUGGAAGCAUCUUACGAGCUGUCACAACUUAUUGCAAAAGCAAAGAAGCCUCACUCUGUGGGGGAGACUCUUGUAAAACCCUGCCUUUUGAGUGCUGCAAAUACUGUGCUUGGGGAAGAAAGCCAAAGAAAGUUAUCAAAGAUUUCCUUAUCAGAUAACACAGUGAAGCGUCGCAUUGACGAACUUUCAGAAGACAUAAAAGAACAAGUUUUGGAAAAAAUAAAAGCAUCUCGCUUCUUUGCAAUACAGUGCGAUGAAAGUACUGAUGUUGCUCACCUCUGCCAGCUGCUUGUUUAUUCUCGAUUCGUGGAUGAAGGAACUGUGAAAGAAGAAAUUCUUUUCUCAGCAGCACUGGAGACAACAGCAAAGGCCAUCGAUGUUUUUUCAAAGGUUGAUGAGUUUUUCCAAGAGCACGGUCUUUCAUGGGAAAAAUUAGUCGGUGUUUGUACUGAUGGUGCCCCAUCAAUGAUUGGAUCUCGCUCUGUAUUUGUGAAGCUGGUGAAAGAAAAAAAUCCUGCUGUAACUGGGACUCACUGUGUUAUCCACAGACAAUCAUUAGCAAGCAAAACUCUGCCUGGUAAUCUACGCAGUUCACUGAAUUUGACAAUAAAAGUGGUGAAUUUUGUAAAGAAUAGCUCUUUGAAUUCUAGGCUUUUCGCAGCUCUUUGUUCAGAUUUGGGCACUGAUUACAAGACUCUCCUGUUUCACACCGAAGUCCGCUGGCUUUCCAAGGGAAACAUGCUGAGUCGUCUUUACGAGCUCAAAGAUGAAGUGGAAAUUUUCUUGCAGAAGCAGAAACAAGACAAACUGUAUGAAGCAUUCAGAGAGGAAGACUUUCAGCUCUCACUAGCAUACCUUGUGGACUUUUUUGAGGCUAUCAACAACCUUAAUUUGAAGUUACAAGGAAGAAACACAAACAUCAUUGCACACUCUGAUGUGAUCAGAGCUUUCACCGAAAAAAUUCAUCUUUGGAAACGAAAAGUACAAGUUGGGAACUUUUCAUCGUUCUCACAUCUGAAUGAGCUCUUAUCUGAGAAGAGAAACAUUGAGCAGUAUGACGUGACAAAAGAGGUUUUAUCACAUCUGCAUUCCCUUGCUGAGGAAUUUAUUCACUAUUUUCCAGAUGUCUCAAUGAAGAAUUCUCUUUGGACAUUGGUGCAGAAUCCAUUUAACACUGAUGUGGAGUUGUUACUGGAAUCACUGCAAGAGGAAGCCAUCGAUUUGAAAUGUGACUCCAGCGCGAAAAGGGACUUUGAAACAAUGAAGUUAGAAGAGUUUUGGGUGAAAUAUCUCCCCAUGUACCCAAAAAUAGGUGAAGAAGCACUUCGUGUGAUUCUUCCCUUUUCUUCUACUUAUCUUUGUGAAACAGGAUUUUCAGCUCUUGUUGUUCUGAAAACAAAACAGCGCAACCGACUUGAUGUAGAAAAUGACUUGCGUUGUGCGCUGUCAUCCUUCAAUCCUAGAAUUUCUGAUCUUGUGAUGAAGAAGCAGCAGCAUCCAUCUCACUAAAUUAGUUCAUAAAUUUUGCCUUAGUCUCAUGAGUCAUUCCAAAUAUUAUAUGCCAUGUUUUCAAAUUAUUUUUUCUUAAAAUUGCAACUCAAUUUUGCCAAUUUGCUAAUGUUCAAACCUUUUUUUUCGCUCACUUUGAACCAAAUGUUUCCUUUUUAGUUACUGGAAUGUAGUAUUAUUUGUUUGAGUGGCUUUCAUUAUUAAAAUGUAAUACAAACAAAUAUGUUUUCCUGAACAAUGCUAAGAAAUAGAUGUAAGAAUCAUUUCAUAUGAAAAAAAAGAGGCACUGGGGGCGUGCGGGUCUACUGGAAGCAAAAAGGGGGCGUCAGGUAAGAUAG